GUGGAGCCGGGGCAGUCGCGGUGGGAGAGAGUGACUGAGUCGGAGGGACGGAGUCAGAGCGAACCGGCAGGGAUACGGGAAGCGACAGACAGGUACUGAGCCGGGAGGGAGAGCCAGCACCAUGCCCAGCGGAGAGAGCCGGGACGGCGGCAGGCGGUCACUGCGUGACAGCUUCGACAAACUGUGUCAGGACCUGAACAUGGAUCUGGAGAGCGGGGCCGAGGCUUGGGAGAACCUGCAGCGGAUCCGCCUCAACUACACUCUGGAGGGAGAAACUCUGCACUGGCUUGCAUGUGCCUUGUAUGUAGCCUGUCGCAAAAGUAUCACGCCAACUGUUGGCAAGGGGACAAUGGAAGGAAACGGUGUGUCACUGACAAGAAUCCUCCGCUCAUCAAAGUUAAGCCUGAUUCAAUUUUUCAGCAAGAUGAAAAAAUGGGCAGACAUGGCCAAUUUAUCCCAAGAAUUCAGGGAACGUGUGGAGCAGUUGGAAAGGAAUUUUGAAGUCUCUACUGUAAUCUUCAAAAAAUUUGAACCUAUAUUUUUGGACAUGUUCCAAAAUCGUCAUGAAGAUCAGCUUCGCCCUCAGAGAAGCAGAAAACAGCGGCGCCUUCCAUGCAGCACCUCUGAUGCUUUUAGUUUUUGCUGGACCUUGUUUGUAUAUACUAAAGGCAAUUUCCGUAUGAUUGGAGAUGACCUUGUAAAUUCUUACCAUCUCUUGCUCUGUUGCCUGGAUCUCGUGUUUGGAAAUGCUUUAUUGUGUCCUAAUAGAAAAGAACUGCUUAACCCAAAUUUUGAAGGUUUGCCACCAGAGUUUAACAGUCAGGACUAUAAGCCUCCAGUGCAACCUCCAUGCAUCAUUGACAAACUUUGUGACUUGCAUGAUGGACUCACUGUAGAAGCAAAAGGCAUCAAGGAGCACUACUGGAAACCUUACAUUAAAAAGCUGUUUGAGAGAAAGAUUUUGAAAGGAAACAGUGAGCUCCUUGUAGGACUUCUGGAUGUGAACAAUUUUACAGACAACAACAAAGCAAUAAACAAGGAAUAUGAAGAGUAUGUUCUGACCGUAGGGGAUUUUGAUGAGCGGAUAUUUCUCGGAGAAGAUGCCGAUGAAGAAAUAGGGACUCCGAGCAAAUCUGCAGCGGAUGCUUCAGUUGGGAAACUAUCGGCAAGAAUCCAAGUCGAGUGUAACCUUCAACAGCACUUCGAAAAAACAAAAUCUUUAGCACCUUCAACGCCCUUGACAGGAAGACGGUACUUGAAGGAGAAGGAACUGGUUGUAACACCAGUGUCAUCAGCCACACAGAGCGUAGGCCGUUUACAGACCAUGGUAACGGGACUGAAGAACACACCAAGUGAGCAUCUGCUGCAGAUUUUCAACUCCUGUUCACGGAACCCAGUUGAAGCUAUAACAGCCCGCGUGAAAAAGAUGGGGGAAGCUUUCUGCUAUUACUACACACAACCAAUGGAAAGCCAGGCCGGUUCUCAUAUAGAUUUUGCCAUCCAGCGACUAAGGCUUGCUGAAAUUUUGUACUGGAAAGUCAUGGAGACAGUGAUGCUGCAGGAGAAUCGCCGAAACCCUGGGAAAGACAUGAUUGUUUUACUGGAGCAAGAUAUUUUCCAUCGCUCUCUGAUGGCUUGUUGCCUGGAGAUAGUUCUCUCCUCUUACAAUUCACAGCGUACAUUCCCAUGGAUUAUCGACAUCCUAAAUCUUAGUCCUUUUUACUUCUACAAGGUGAUAGAAGUGCUGAUUCGGGCAGAGGACAGCCUUUCCCGUGACAUGGUGAAACAUCUCAACAAUAUUGAAGAGCAAAUUUUAGAGAGUCGAGCUUGGACCCAUGACUCAGCACUUUGGAAAACUUUGCUUGGAGCCAACAGUAAGGUUCCAACAUGUGAAGAGGUGACUUUUCCUUCCAAUUUUGAAACUGGUAAUGGAGGUCCCACCCACCUGCCAAUGAUGCCGAUGUCUCCUAUAAUACACCCUCGAGUAAAGGAAGUCCGGACAGACAUUGCUGGGACCUUUAACAAACGAGAUGUUCCUCGUCCGGCAUCACCUCUGUCUGUUCAUGAUCGAUUCACCUCGCCCUCUGCAGGAAGUGCUAAAAGGAGACUCUUUGGAGAUGACAAUGUAUUGGACACCCAAGUGAAUAUUGCUCAGAAUAAUGUUAGCCAGUCACCCGGGCUAAGGAUCAUCCAGACACAAAGUAUAACCAAUGAAAACAUUACCAUCUCUCCUGGGCAAACUGUUGUAACCAUGGCAACAGCUACUGUAACGGCUACCAAUGGUCAAACUCUAACUAUACCUGUGCAAGGUAUUGCAAAUGAAACUGGUGGGAUCACUUUCAUCCCAGUCCAGAUGAAUGUAUCUCAGCAAUCACAGGUUGCAGAAGAAACUGUUCAAGUCCCACUCUCUGCCCAGACUUUAAUCAACUCUUCUCCCAAACAUUUGGGUAUUGGAACAGCACAGGAGCCUCAGGUAGCAAUUAAUAAACCAAAGAAGACUGGCUCACUGGCAUUAUUCUUCCGAAAGGUAUAUCAUCUGGCCAGUGUACGUCUGCGUGACUUGUGUCUAAAACUGGAUAUGUCUGCAGAGCUUCGAAGGAAGAUUUGGACGUGCUUUGAGUAUUCUUUAGUGCAUUGUGUUGAUCUGGUGGUAGACAGGCACCUUGAUCAGCUCCUCCUCUGUGCUGUCUACAUAAUGGCAAAGGUUACUAAGGAGGAUAGAUCUUUCACAGAUAUAAUGAAAUGUUACAGAAGUCAACCCCAAGCCAACAGCAAUGUGUACAGAAGCGUUCUCCUUCAAGGAGGCAAGUGGUUAAGGAUGACUGCUAUUGAUGAGCAUAAUGGGGUAGAUGUAAACAUGGAAGAGCAGGUGCCCAGUAGUGACCAUCCAAGCUCAAAAAAUAGCAUUGUACGUUGUCCUGGCAAAACAAGCAGCCCUCCAUUGUCUCCCGCCAGAGUGUCCAGGUGUCCUGUAGCUCUUCAGGAAGAGAGGGGUGACCUUAUUAAGUUCUAUAAUACUAUCUAUGUGAACAGGAUUAAGGAGUUUGCACUGAAAUACUCCAAUGUAAAACAGGAGUGUGGGGUGGAAGCACCACCACUAUCUCCUUUUCCGAAUGUUAAACCCCACCCUGUGUCACCACGACGGAUAUCACAGAGACAUGCGGUCUAUGUCUCACCCCACAAGAAUGGCACCUCCCUAACACCACGUACAGCUAUGAUGUACAGGUUUAACCGGAGCCCAUCAAAGAAUCUCAGAGACAUCAAUUGCAUGAUCAAACAAGGGGAGCGGUUGAGCAGGAAACGAGCAUUCACCAUGGAAGGUGACGGCGAGUCUCCAGCAAAAUGUCUCUGCCAAGAAAAUGACGACAUUUUAUUAAAACGAUUACAGGAUGUCGUCAGCGAGCGGGCUAACCGUUGAGAGCAGUGCCACACAUUGUAAUGCUUCUGCUUCGGGUUUUAUUAUGUAGAAUUCCUAGAAUCAGACAUAUCAGAGUACUGUUUUGUGUGGAAAGCCUAGAAUCCUUCCCACAUCCAGCUAUCAGGUUGAGACUUGCCCACCAGACCACUGCGUACAUUUUCUCCUCCCUUUAAACUUAUUAUCCAGAAGUAGCCAUUAAUUGAGAACAAACUCAACCAUGGAUCAUCACUGGGUACUAAAGGGAUGAAACAAAAUAUCUCAUCAAUAACCAAAAAUCUGACACACUAAAUGUGCCGCGAGUGUUACUGUUGGUCAGGAGCAAGGAAUCAAAAUUUCAUUUUGCUACCAGUUUCAUAGUUGCCUGAGGUUUUGACCUUGUGUGCAGCUAAAUAAUAGGCUGACAUGUCAGGAAGAAAGCCUUUAGGAUAUUUGCAGCUGAAUUUUGAUGGUAUGUUUUAAAUUAUUUAUUUGGAUUUAGAUUGAUGGCAAUUAUUAGAGGUACAAAGAAGUUUCAAAGAGCUGUUGUUUUUUAAUUGUGUAGUUUUUGUGUGAGGGGUGUCAAGCAAAUUGACAAAGUAAUGAAAAUGAUAGCGUUUGAUAGCCUCAUAACAAAGGACUGUAACUAACCAAUACCUGAUGACUUGAAAUUCCUGUAAAGUAAAAUGGACCUGUAAUCCCUGUCCCUUCUUGCUGCAAUGUUCCAGUUCACUUAUGGAGCUGAUUGACUCUCACUUCUUGAAGCCUACUUGCUACAAUGAACAUAGUUGCAGUAACCUGUGAGUAGCUCAGAAGGCCCCUUAGAAUAAUGGAUUAAUAGAAUCUGGAUCCUCUUGUGAAAGUUUUUUGCUUGUUAAAAGGAGAAAUCUUAAUACUGAAAGGUGAGCCAUCUUCAGGUCUGAUAAAGCACCACUGCAGGGUUUUGUUCUCUUAUUUGUCCAGAUUUGCGUCAGCACCAGUCUCGGAAGAGCACCUUACUGCGCCAGUAUGACAUUUUCUCAUAUAUAUAUAUAUAUAGCUGCCUUCCUGUGACCUUUGAGACUUCCUCCGUAUUGGUACUAGUUAGUGACAUCAGCUGUAAAGUAUCCUAUUGCCAUCACAGCACUGGUUGAUAAUUUUAAGAUGGAUGCCAAGGAGCAUGAUUAAAACACUCAUUCCAGUUUACCUUGAGAUUGUAAUCUCUACUGAGAAUUUAUUUUUUUCAGGACCCUCUUCAGUCUGCAGCAGUAUAAGCCAUAGAAAGUACAGUUCAUUGGGGUAGUUCUAUUCAAGUCUUCAUUAACUCAUUUUUCGCUGUGUUUCUGCCCAAAGAGAUUGAAGGGUGAUCUUGCCCAGAAACCUUGUGCCUUACUGUUUUUGUGUUAGGCUCCUGCCUGUUCUAUCCUGUCUUAGCAAGAGUGGUGAAUUUUCCUAUUUGCCUUUACAGUUCUUACAGAUUUUAGCAUAUCCAGUGGUAAAUGUUUUAAAACCUUAACCAUAGAUGCCAGAACCCUUACACAUCUCGAGGAUGGUGUAUUUGUGUUAUGCAGAAACCAUUAACCAAUCACAUUGUUACGUCCAUGAAAUGAUACACAAUCACUUUCUCCAAGUGAUUUUACUCUUGUGCUCAUGAACAUUAUCUCAGGUUAACCAAGUUGUUUGGUGGACAAGACAUUGAUUUUUUUUUAAAACCUAAUACUUUUAUCCAUGAACGUGCAGAACUUCCUCUUUGACACACUAAAGAAUCAGAUUAGUGAGGCUGUCACAGAAACCGGAUUUUUCAAAGACCAUGCUACUUUUUGCACACCCCAUGGUGUAGGAAAUACUAAGUGUCAUGCUAUAGCUAUGUGGAGGUAUAGUAUUGGACAAACAAGAGAGAGCUAUUGUUUAUUAAGCUGCAGCUAUAAUUGACCUGGAAUACCUGAUGAUGGCAAACACAAAAAUUCAAAUUAAAUAGAACAGAAUAUAGAACACCCUUUAUUGUCACAUGUACUCCAGUACAGAAGUACAGGGAAAAGUUUUUAUGAUGGCUGCCUUUAAUGGCACCCUGUUAGGUACAAUCUUGGGUACAAUGAGGAAUAAAAAGAGAAGUAGUAGCAUUACCUACAGUGUCUAAAAAUAAGUUAGAAAUAAGACAGUUAUAACAGAAUUAAAGGAUUUACAUCACAGUCCAGUAGUGUUUAAAAUAGCAGCAGCUCAGCACGUGGUCUGACUGUCCAUGCCAGGCACAGGUCCAACAAAUGUCCUCUCCAGCACUCGGCUGCAUUGAGGUAAGUUGCAUCAUACCAUGACUCGCUUCACCUCAUGCUGUUGCAGAACUCUGAUCUCUCUCUGAGCCUGCUCUGGGACUCGGGUCUCCACCCCCACCCCCAUGUCACUCCGGCGCUGUUGAAAAGAGAGGAGGGGGGAUAAAAAAUAAAAGCAACAAAAAGAAUAGAUGAAGCAGAGGAGCUCCAGUUGGAGUGUCCUACUCUGCUGUCAUCUUGCCAGAGGAAUAUGCAUAAAAUGCCUGCUGCUGCUUUUAAAAGUAACUAAUUCUCUGAGCCAAAGCAGAAUAUUAACAGGUUUAAAAGGUUCACUAGUAAUUUGACGAGUACUGAGAAUACACUGUAGGCCAGUCAGUUUCUGACUGGGAAAGAUUGGUUAACAGCUCAGGUGUUUGUGUAUCAGUCGUGUUUAGUUCACUCCCCUAUACUACUAACACUGCUUCCUUUCCCACUUACCAGUCAACCCGCACCAUGCGUUUGAAAGAUUCUGAGGUUCUCAUUAUUCCUCAGGUACUCUGAUUUUAUGUGUAUUUAUAGGGCAGUACAGCUCUUGUUCUAGCCAGCAACGAGUGCUCCAUCUCAGAGGGACCUCUGAAGAUUCUGGGCACUGUGUGGUCUUCUUUAUUGUAAUAAGCUACAGUGCAUUAAUAUGUAUUGUGUAGCAUCUACACACAUCAUUCUCUCCUUUUUGCAUACAUUUUCUGUUGUGAAAAAGGGGAUGGGAGUUAGUCAUACAGCAGACCCUUUGGUCCAACCAGUCCAUGCCAAACAUAAUCCUAAACUAAACUAGUCCCACCUGCCUGCUCCUGGAUCAUAUCUCUCGAAACCUUUCUUAUUCAUGUAUCCAUCCAAAUAUCUUUUAAAUGUUGUAAUUAUUGUUAAAUUAUCAUGUAAAUUUGUAUAGAGCUUAAGUUUUAGAUUAUCCUAUGCAUUAAUAUUUGUACUUUGUUUUAUGUACGGAACUGAGGCAGUUUGAGUUUUUAAGUGUGAAAACAUGUUAAGAAAAUUAUCAAAUCUGAUUCUUCUUCUCACCCAUAAUUUUAACUUUUUCAGGAACUUUAUUUUCCUUUGAGCAUUAACAGCUAGCUUGCCACUUCCAGCUGUGUCCUGAGACCGGAGUGAGUGUGGAGGAGGAGGAAGCUGGUGGGGACGUCACCUUUAAACAUUCCAUUCUUGUUAGACAGCUCAUUGUUUAACAGUGAAUUCCUUUAUGCCACACUUACCUCCAGGUCAAAGAUGGGCAGUGAGGAAAACACGUAGGAGGGUAGUUACAUAUUAGCAACAACUUCAACACGCAGAGGGUUUUCCUGUGUUGUGACAGAGCAGUAUCCCAGCGGAACAGCAUAAACGGCAAUUUGCAUAGUUUCAUCAGGAUUUCUGUCAUCACCUGCAGCAGAUUGGAAGCAAUCAUCACUGAAAUACUGCCUCCCAGUCUCCAGAAAACUGGAUUGUAAAUGGUAAAAUUCCCCAGUUAUCAGGCAAAUUCUUCUGGUUCUGCUUAAUGUUGCAAACAUAUAGCUUCCAGAGGGAAGUUUCCCUUCAUCCUUGAACAUAUCAUGAGCUGAGGAAUUUUCCCAAUGCCACCUCUCCUUCCUUCCCCCCACCCAAGCUCCCUGGAAUUGACCACUUGUAGUGAUGUGCUGGGCUACCAAUGAGAAUGAGUGGUUGAACCAUGAGCAGAAGUGUUUUUAGUUGAAACAGAAAAAGUUUUGUAUCUUCUAUAAAGUGCACUUUUUAUCCUGUGGUACAGAAGUGACACUGCAGUUUAAAUGUAUUCUUUU